UGUCGUUCCGUUUGUGGCGUCAAUUCAGACGUGUCUUCCAUCGGUACCGCGAACCACUCUCUCUCUCUAUCGACUACACACUUCACUUUUACACCUAAUCGAACCGAUCCGAUCCGUUUCCAGAAUAUUCGGUUUUAGAUGAUCAAAAUCCAAACCAAAAUCAAAAUCAAAAUCAAAGUCGAAAUCAUUCUCCGGUAUGUUGGAGGAUCAAGUAGCGUAUCUGUUGCAGAGGUAUCUCGGCAACUAUGUUCGUGGACUCAGUAAAGAAGCUCUCAGUAUCAGCGUCUGGCAAGGUAAUGUAGAACUAACAAAUAUGCAGCUGAAGCCGGAGGCGCUCAAUGCGUUGAAGUUGCCUAUCAAGGUUAAGGCUGGGUUUCUUGGAUCAGUGAAGCUUAAGGUUCCUUGGAGCAGGAUUGGUCAAGAACCGGUUUUGGUAUACCUAGAUCGUAUCUAUUUAUUAGCUGAACCUGAGACACAAGUUGAAGGUUAUAGUGAGGACGUUGUUCAAAAAACUAAGAAGUCCCGAAUACAUGAGAUGGAAAUGAAGAUGUUGGAGAGUAGGCGGAUACUGACCACAGAAAUGAAUACAUCAUGGCUGGGGUCCUUUAUAAACACAAUAAUCGGAAACUUAAAGCUAUCAAUAUCAAGUAUUCAUAUCAGAUAUGAGGACCUUGAAAGCAAUCCCGGUCAUCCAUUUGCAGCUGGCGUUACCUUGGAGAAACUUUCAGCUUCGACAGUUGAUGAUAGUGGGAAGGAGGCUUUCGUCACUGGUGGUGCAUUAGAGCAACUCCAAAAGUCUGUAGAACUUGAGAGGCUUGCUGUUUAUUUGGACUCUGAUAUUACUCCAUGGCACAUCACAAAACGAUGGGAGGAUUUGCAACCUUCCGAAUGGGAUAAGGUCUUCAGUUUUGGCACGAAAGAUGGAAAGCCAGCCAGUGGUCUUGUUCAGAAGCACACAUACAUUCUGCAACCUGUAACUGGAAAUGCCACAUAUGUAAAGCAGCGCUCAAAUUCAUCUAAUCGAGAUCAACCUUUACAGAAAGCGGCAGUGAGCUUGGAUGAUGUGACAAUUUGUUUGUCAAAGAGUGGUUACAGGGAUUUGCUAAAGUUAGCUGACAACUUUUCUUCAUUUAAUCAACGAUUAAAAUAUGCUCAUUUUCGGCCCCUUGUCCCUGUGAGAUCUGAUCCAAGAUCAUGGUGGAAGUACGCCUACAGAGUUGUAUCAGACCAGAUGAAGAAGGCAAGUGGGAGAACGUCUUGGGAGCAGGUCCUGAAAUAUGCAACCAUGCGCAAAAAAUACAUAUCUCUAUAUGCUUCACUGCUAAAAUCCGACCCUGGUCGAGAAACCAUCGAUGGCGAUAAGGAUAUAGAGGAAUUAGACCGUGAACUUGAUAUUGAACUCAUUGUUCAAUGGAGGAUGCUGGCACACAAGUUCUUGGAGAAGUCCGCGCAGUCUGAUAUUUACUUGAAGAAACAGAAUACAAAGAAAUCAUGGUGGUCAUUUGGAUGGAGCGGUGAAUCUGCUGAAGAUGGAAAUCAACCUGGCCACUUCACUGAUGAAGAUUGGAAGCAAUUGAAUGAAAUAAUUGGAUACAAGGAAGGUGAUAACAAUGAACAGUUGCCGAAUAAAGAUGACCGGGGGGAUGUAGUUCAUACCUUAAUAGAGGUCCACAUGAAACAUAAUGCUUCAGGACUUGCUGAAGGACAUGAGCUUGUUGCUGAAUUAUCAUGUGAGAACCUUGAUUGUUUGAUGAAGUUUUACAAAGAUGCAAAAGUUUUUGACAUGAAAUUGGGAUCUUAUCGUUUGUCAUCACCCGAUGGUCUCCUUGCUGAGAGCGCUACAUCCUAUGAUUCGUUAGUUGGGGUCUUUCGCUAUAAACCCUUUGACGCUAAAGUGGACUGGAGUAUGGUUGCUAAGGCUUCUCCAUGUUAUGCGACAUAUCUGAAGAACUCCGUAGAUAAAAUUGUUAACUUUUUUGAAAGCAAUGCUGCCGUGAGUCAGAAGAUAGCCUUGGAAACAGCCGCUGCUGUGCAGAUGACGAUCGAUGAGGUUAAGCGCUCUGCACAACAGCAAGUAAACAAGGCCCUGAAGGAUCAUGCGAGGUUCUUCUUGGACUUGGAUAUAGCAGCUCCCAAGAUCACCAUUCCAACUGAAUUUUCACCGGACAGUUUUCAUUCGACGAAACUCUUGCUUGACCUCGGAAACUUGAUAAUUCGUACUCAGGAUGAUGAUGCGUCUAAAUAUGAUAAAGAUAUUUAUCUCCAAUUCGAUGUGGUUUUGAGUGAUGUAUCUGCUUUUUUUGUUGACGGUGACUAUCACUGGAGUCAACAUUCUCUGAAAGGGUCUGUCGGUUCUUCACAGUCUAGUAUUGUUAGUUAUUUGCCAGUUAUUGAUAGGUGUGGCGUGACUUUAAAGCUUCAACAGAUCCGAUCAGAGGACCCAUCUUUCCCAACAACAAGAUUGGCCGUGCGGCUUCCUUUUCUAGGAUUUCACUUUUCUCCAGCACGUUAUCAUCGAUUAAUGCAAAUUGCGAAGAUCUUUCAGGGAGAGGAUAAUGAUAUUGAAGAUCUUAUCCGCCCUUGGGAUCUAGCUGACUUUGAGGGGUGGUUAUCUGUUCUAAAUUGGAAGGGUGUGGGAAAUAGGGAAGCUGUUUGGCAGAGGAGAUAUUUUUGUUUGGUGGGACCCUUCCUCUAUACGCUUGAAGCACCUGGCUCUAGAUCAUACAAACAAUCUUUCAGCUUGCUUGGAAAACAAGUAUAUGCCAUCCCACCUGAUGUUAUUGGCGAUGUGGAAAAUGUGUUGGCUGUCUGUCGUACAGACCGAUCCACCAGCAAGAUUGUUGAAGAUGCAAAUGCCCUAAUCUUACGAUGUGAAUCAGACGAGUCAAGGAAAAACUGGAAAAGCUUGUUGCAGGGGGCUAUAUACCGCGCAUCGGGUUCCGCUCCUAUCACUGGUCUAUCGGAAACUUCAUCCGAGUCGGAAGAUUCAGAAGUAGAAGAGGUGAACAAACGUGACUUGAAGGAUAUUUCAAAGGCAGAGAAACUGUUCAUAACUGGUGUUUUAGAUGAGCUGAAACUGUGCUUUAAUUAUAGCACUCAGACUGAUAAGAAUUAUAUAAAAGUUCUUCUGGCCGAGGAAAUCCGUUUGUUUGAAUUGCGCGCAAUAGGUGGUCGGGUUGAGCUUUCAAUUAGAGCAAAUGACAUGUUCAUUGGAACGGUUCUGAAGGCUUUGGAGGUAGAAGAUUUAGUAUCAUGCAAGGGGGUGAAUCAACCUUGUUACUUAGCAAGAUCGUUUAUUCGUCACGCAGACGCUCCUCCUGUGUUCCGUACUAUCGAAAACCAAAGUGAAGCAGACGAUCAGUUUUACGAGGCAUCAGAUAGCCUAAACGAUCCUGGUGAUAGUCCAGGGCGAGAAUUUGAGUACUCACGUUCUGUACCAUCAGAAAGAGCAAUUUUGAAGACCCCAAGUUUUAGCAGGAUCGCUGGUUUGUUACCCGACGAUGCUAGACAUUCUGGGGAAAAUAACUUGGAAGUUACCGAUACGUUAGAUAGUUUUGUGAAAGCUCAAAUAGUUUUCAUCGAUUCAAAUUCUGUUUUCUAUGACAACGUUGAUAAACGCGUGACGGUUACUCUAGCAACCUUGUCGUUUUAUUGUAGAAGGCCUAUUAUCGUAGCAAUAAUGGAAUUUGUUGGGGCUAUAAGCGCUGAAGAUGACACUUGCGAAUCUUUUAGUGACCAUUCUCCAACAGCCAUUGUUAAUGACGGUUCUCGGGAGAUUGAAGUCGUUGAUCAGUCAUCUGUUGUUGAUGAACCCAAAGUCAGAGGUCUGUUGGGCAAAGGGAGGUCCAGAAUUGUGUUCUUUUUGACACUAAAUAUGGCUCGUGCUCAAAUCCUAUUGAUGAAAGAAGAUGGAACUAAGCUUGCGACAAUGUCUCAAGAUAAUUUCCUAACUGAUAUAAAGGUCUUCCCAUCUUCUUUUAGCAUAAAGGCAUCCCUCGGAAACCUGAAGAUGAGUGAUGAUAGCCUUCAUAGCAGCCAUAUGUAUUUCUGGGCAUGUGACAUGAGAAAUCCCGGUGGUAGCUCAUUUGUGGAGUUGGUUUUCAGUUCGUUCAGUGCCGACGAUGAGGACUACGCCGGGUUUGAUUAUAGCCUUAUUGGACAGCUUUCUGAAGUACGGUUGGUGUACUUGAAUCGAUUUAUUCAGGAGAUUAUAAGUUACUUCAUGGGCCUUGUUCCUACCAACUCAGUGGAUGUCGUAAAAGUGAAAGAUCACGUAACAGAUUCCGAGAAGUGGGUUAAGACCAGUGAAAUCGAAGGCUCGCCUGCAGUGAAGUUGGACCUUUCAUUGCGGAAGCCUAUAAUCUUAAUGCCUCGCAGAACCGACUCUCUGGAUUAUCUGAAGCUUGAUAUUGUUCAUAUAACUGUCCAGAACACGUUCCAAUGGUUUGGCGGCACUAAAAAGGACAUGAACGCUGUUCAUUUGGAUGUAAUGACGAUCAAGGUCGAGGACAUAAACUUAAACGUUGGCACAGGAACGGAAUUGGGUGAAAGCAUAAUUCAUGAUGUGAAGGGCGUUUCUAUUGUUAUUAGCAGGUCACUUCGUGAUUUGUUACAUCAAGUUCCAAGUACAGAAGUUUCAAUCAAGAUAGAUGUACUGAAAGCCGCUCUCUCAAAUAAAGAGUAUCAUAUCAUUUCAGAAUGUGCAUUGUCCAACUUCUCAGAGACCCCAAAUACCAUUCCCCCGUUAAACAACACUGUGUCGGAUUCUGCUGAUGUGGUGAAUUCUUUAGUUCAUCAAGGUUCAGAAGCGCAUGAAUACGAAGCUCAAAAUGAACAGGCUUGGAUUUCUAUGAAGGUGUGUGUUAUUGUUGGUCUAGUUGAAAUGUCACUCCAUUAUGGCAUGGCGAGGGACGCAUCUCUUGCCACACUGCAGGUCGGUGGCUUAUGGAUACUUUACAAAGCUAAUACGUUGGGAGAAGGUCUUCUCUCAGCUACUUUAAAGGGUUUUACUGUGAAUGAUGAUCGUGAGGGGACAGAAGAAGAGCUCCGGCUUGCUGUUAGACAACCGAAGAAUGUCCGUUACAGACCAGAUUACGAGGUUGUCAACGAUGAGAACGGAAACAUCAAGGCAGAUGUAAAAUACGAUGAGACAUCCGGAAUUCCAACAAUGUUAAUACUUGAUGCUAAAUUUAGUCAGUAUACAACAUCCAUAUGCUUAUGCAUCCAGAGGCCACAAUUGCUUGUUGCACUUGACUUCCUAAUGGCGGUUGCUGAGUUCUUCGUACCUACUGUACGUGACAUGCUGUCAAACGAAGAGGAUGAUAAAACGUCAUAUCUUGUUGAUGCUCUUGAUCUAGACAACUCAACUUUUAGUCAAAGCGAUGAGAUUUUCACUCUCUCUCCUCAAAAGCCUUUGGUGGUUGAAUGCGAAAAUUUUGAUCAUUAUACUUAUGAUGGCAGAGGUGGAACUUUGUUAUUACAAGAUAGAGAGGGGAAGAUGAUCUGUUCAACAAGCGUAGAAACUAUAAUUUAUAUUGGCUGUGGAAAAUAUUUGCAAUUCAAAAAUGUCACUAUAAAGAAUGGACAAUAUUUGGAUUUAUGUGUUUCACUAGGGUCUAGCAGUAGUUACUCUGUUUCAGAAAACGAUAACGUGUAUUUGGAAGAGAUGGAUGAAAGUCCAUCUUCAAACGCUCAAGAAAAAACGAGUAAGAAUUUGCCUUCUACAGGCAAUACAGCGACCCGACCCACAGAAACAUCCGUUGAGUUGCAGGUUAUAAGUCCUGAGUUGACUUUCUAUAAUUCAUCAAAAUACAUAGGAGAGUCUCCGAUCUUUUCCAACAAGUUUUUGCAUGCAAGAUUGGAUGCCUUUUGUAGGCUUGUACUAAAGGGUGAUACUGUAGAAAUGAGUGCGAAUGCUCUCGGUUUAACUAUGGAGAGCAACGGGAUCCGAAUUCUAGAGCCUUUCGAUACUUCCGUCAAGUUCUCAAAUGCUUCUGGAAAGACAAAUAUUCACGUUGCAGUUUCAGAUAUAUUCAUGAAUUUUUCCUUCAGCGCAUUACGACUGUUCCUAGCAGUCGAGGAGGAUGUUUUGAAGUUUCUAAGAAUGACUUCUAGAAAAAUGACGGUUUCCUGCUCUGAGUUUGACAAGCUUGGCACAUUUCAAAAUGCCCACAACAACCAAACAUACGCAUUCUGGAGACCUCAUGCGCCACCUGGCUUUGCCGUUCUGGGUGACUACCUGACAGCAAUUGACAAGCCACCAACAAAGGGAGUCCUUGCUGUGAAUACUCGCUACGUAAGAAUCAAGAAACCCGAGGCCUUCAAGCUAGUUUGGCCUCCAUCUGAUCUUCAAGACGUCAGUCUCCUUGAGUUUGUACCGAGCGUUGACGGGGAAGAAAGCUGUUCCAUUUGGUUUCCCGUGGCACCAAAAGGAUACGUUGCGUUGGGUUGCGUGGUUUCUCCUGGAAAGACGCAGCCUUCACUCUCUUCCGCUUUCUGUUUACAUGCUUCUUUGCUAGCUCCAUGUGCACUAAGGGACUGUAUCACAAUCAGCUCUGGCGAUACUAAAUCACCCAACCUGGCGUUUUGGCGUGUGGAUAAUUCGCUCGGUACUUUUCUUCCAGCAGAUCCCGGGACUUUGAAUGUGAUCGGUAGAGCCUAUGAAUUGCGUCAUAUACUUUUUGGAUUCCGUGGAGCAUCUUCAAGAUCACUUAAGGGUUCAGACGUUCAAGCACCUCCUUCUGAUAGUGAUAAUAUUCAACCGGAGCGUUCAUCAGCUGCAAAUUCCGGUAGGCGUUUUCAGGCUGUUGCUAGUUUCCGUUUAAUAUGGUGGAAUCAAGGUUCGAAAUCAAGAAAGAAACUAUCCAUAUGGCGUCCUAUUAUUCCUCCGGGAAUGGUAUAUUUUGGUGAUAUUGCUGUUAGCGGCUAUGAGCCUCCAAACACAUGCAUUGUUCUACCCGAUGACGAUGAGCCGUUCAAAGCUCCCAUCGGUUUUCAAGUGGUGGGGCAAAUAAAGAAACAUAGAGGAGCCGAAAGUAUAGCGUUUUGGUUGCCGCAGGCUCCACCUGGCUACGUAUGUUUGGGCUGUGUAGCGUUUAAGGGAACACCAAAGCAAUCUGAUUUUGACUCUUUAAGAUGCAUGCGCAGUGAUAUGGUCACUGGGGACGAUUUUUUAGAUGAGAGUAUAUGGGAUACUUCUGAUAUACGGUUCGCCAGAGAUUCAUUUAGCAUAUGGGGGGUCGGUAAUGAGCUUGGAACCUUCAUGGUGAGAAGCGGGUUCAAGAAACCUCCUAGAAGGUUUGCUGCAAAGCUUGUGGAUUUCGACACACCAACUAGUUCGGAUGACACGGUUGUCGAUGCAGAAAUUAGAACAUUCUCUGCCGCACUUUUUGAUGACUAUGGUGGCAUGAUGACACCAUUGUUCAAUGUAUCUUUGAGCAGUGUAGGAUUUAGUCUCCAUAGAAGGCCUGACUACUUGAACUCCACUGUCAACUUUUCAUUGGCUGCCAGAUCAUAUAACGAUAAACUUGAAGCUUGGGAGCCUCUUGUUGAACCAGUUGACGCUGUCGUAAGGUACCAGAAUGAUGCCAAUGCCCCAAGCGCUGCAUCUCAGUUAAGACUGACAUCUACGAGGGAUCUUAACCUUAAUAUAACAGUAUCUAAUGCUAAUAUGCUUAUUCAAGCUUAUGCCAGCUGGAAUAAUCUUAGCCAAGUUCAUGAACCCUCUACUGUCAGGGAUGCAACAUCUCCAUCUGGUGGAACACCGAUCAUUGACGUUCAUCACAGCAAAAAUUAUUUUGUUAUCCCUCAAAAUAAACUCGGGCAGGAUAUCUACGUUAGAGCUACUGAAGUCAGGGGACUUCCGCAUGUAAUCAAGAUGCCAUCCGGCGAAAAGAAGCCUUUAAAAGUACCAGUUUCUAAGAACAUGUUGGAUUCCCACUUGAAAGGAAAUCUGUUCAAGAAAGUCCGAUCAAUGGUCACAAUAAUCAUUUCACAGGCACAGUUCUCUAGGGUAGAAGGGCUCGGUUCUCAUCAAUAUGGGAUUGCUGUCUGUUUAACUCCUGUACAAAAUUUGGGGAAUGGCCUGCUUCUUGGCCGACAAAGUGCACGCACAUGUGGUGCCAGCUCAGAAAGUGAAGAAUCCUCUACUCUUGAACUGGUUACGUGGAAUGAAAUUUUCUUUUUCAAAGCUGAUCCACAGGAUGACUAUAUGCUAGAGCUUGUAGCAACUGACAUGGGGAAAGGUGUUCCUGUUGGAUACUUCUCUUCUUCUUUGAAGGAGCUACGUGGAACCCUAGACGAGUCUGCAGAGAACGGUUUUAAGUGGCUUGAGUUGUCACCAGCUGACUCCACUAAAACAAGUAAUGUAAACAUAUCCAAAACGACACGUGGAAGAAUAAAGUGUACGGUGUUUCUUUCACCACGAUCAAGAGCGUUAAACACCGGGAAAGGCUUGAUUGGGGAAAGAAAUUCUGGUUAUAUACAAAUUAGCCCGUCAAGAGAAGGCCCGUGGACCACAGUGAGGCUAAAUUACGUUGCACAUGCUGCUUGCUGGCCUUUAGGCAAUGCUGUUGUUGCAAGUGAAGUCAUUGUCGAGGAUGGCAAUCGAUACGUGAAUAUCAGAUCUUUGGUUUCCGUUUCUAACAACACAGAGUUAGUACUUGAACUGUGCCUCCGUCUCAAUGCUAGUUCUAACGAGAAUUCGGAUACGAUAGAUGAUGCUAAAAAAGAUUCUCCGACUGAUGAUAGAAAGACGAAUGACGUACAGGAACAGAUCUUCAUCGGAGAACUGAAACCUGGUGAAAGUCUUCCACUUCCGCUAUUUGGACUUGUGCAUUCCGGAUUGUACGUUCUUCAGUUUAGGCCUUCUUUUCUGAACGAUCAGAAAGACUAUUCAUGGAGCUCUGUUGUGGAUCGGCAUGUGUUGUCUGAAGACGUUGAUAUCCCGAAAGAAACUUCCGGCAUAAACGUCUCAAGUCUGUACGAGUCUGAAGAACUUUUAUACUGCUCAGAGACAAGUGGCACAUCCACAUCAUCAAAUCGGUUGCAUGGAAUGUGGUUUUCUUUGGCGAUUCAAGCAUCUGAGAUCUCGAAGGACAUUUCUUCUGACCCGAUUCAGGAUUGGAAUAUUGUGGUGAAAUCGCCUCUAUCUAUUACCAAUUAUCUUCCUCUGACAUCGGAAUUUUCAGUUCUUGAGAUGCAAACAAAUGGUCAUUUUCGUGCAUGCGCUAGAGGUAUAUUUACUCCAGGAGAAACCGUGAACAUCCUGAAUGCCGACAUUAGGAACCCUUUGUACUUUUCACUGCUACCGCAACAUGGGUGGCUGCCAAUACAUGAGGCUGUGCUUAUAUCUCAUUCUUCCAUUGAUCCUGCAAAAACAUUAGGUUUAAGAAGUUCAGUUUCUGGGAGGGUUGUUCAUGUAGUUCUUGAGCAGAACUUUGAAAUCGAAAGGCCUUUGGCACCCAAGAUUCUAAGAAUCUAUACUCCAUAUUGGUUGACAGUUGCGAGAUGUCCGCCACUCGCAUUUAGGCUCGUAGAUAUUUCCUCGAAAAAAACAAAAUCAAAAGUGUCACUCCCUUUUAAGUCUAAAAAGACUAAUGAGGCGAUUUUAGAGGAGAUUACCGAAGAGGAAUUUCAUGAUGGCUAUACUAUUGCUUCCGCUUUGAAUUUCAAACUGUUGGGCAUGUCGGCUUCUAUUAGUGACAAUGGAAACGAUCAUUUUGGCGAUGUUAAAGAUCUUUCUGCACUUGGUGACAUGGACGGAUCACUCGGUGUAUCUGCUUAUGAUGCUUCCAAGAAUUGCAUGCUUCUCUUUGUAUCAUCUAAACCAACUUCUUAUCAAUCUGUUCCAACAAAGGUAAUCACUGUGCGUCCAUAUAUGACGUUUACCAAUAGGCUUGGUCAAGAUAUAUACAUGAAGCUUAGCAGUGAAGAUCCGCCAAAGUUAUUGAAAACAUCUGAUGUACGAGUCUCCUUUGUUUUUCGUCAGACCGAAGAACCUAGUAAACUGCAGAUCCGUGUUGAAGGGACAGAAUGGUCAUUUCCUGUUCAUAUAGAGAGAGAGGACACCUUUUUUGUUGUUUUGAAUAAAGAAGAUGGCACUCAAAGUAUUAUACGGACCGAAAUUCGAGGCUACGAGGAGGGAUCACGUUUCAUUGUUGUGUUUCGCCGUGGGCCAAAAGAUGGCCCAAUUAGGAUUGAAAACCGGACAACGAACAAAGUAGUAAGAAUCCGCCAGUCUGGUUUCAGUGACGAUGCGUGGGUCCCAUUACAGCCCCGUUCGAGUACCAAAUUUUCGUGGGUCGACCCGUAUGGUGAGAAGUUUAUAGACACCGAGGUGCACAGUGAUAAUCAGGUUUCAGUAUGUAAACUGAACAUGGAAAAGUCAGGAGUUUGUUUAGAAUGUGGUGAAGGAACACGGUUACUCUUUCAUGUUGUAGAAAUGGGUAAUAUCAAGGUUGGGAGGUUUGUGGAUGACACGUCAGCAGGAUCGCGUUCAGAUGGACUUAGUAGAUCGUUGGCAUCGUUUGAAAAUUGGAGGAGUGCCAACAUGGCACCCGCCGAACAGGAAAACGCAGCUCCGUUGGAGCUCAUAGUCGAAUUGGGAGUCGUCGGGGUUUCUCUUGUGGACCAUAGACCGAAAGAGCUCUCUUACCUUUACCUCGAAAGGGUUUUUGUAUCCUAUUCAACUGGCUAUGAUAGUGGGACCACAAGCAGGUUCAAGCUUAUAGUAGGUCAUUUGCAGCUUGACAACCAACUACCUUUGACGUUAAUGCCUGUACUUUUGGCACCUGAAGAAGUUUCCGAUAUGAAUCACCCCGUUUUCAAAAUGACUAUCACAAUAAGCAACGAGAAUGCUGAUGGUAUCCAGGUUUAUCCAUAUGUCUACAUACGGGUAACUGACAAAAUAUGGAGAUUGAACAUUCACGAACCAAUAAUCUGGGCAUCGGUGGAGUUCUUCAGUAAUCUCCGACUUGAUCGCAUCCCCCAAAGUUCAAGUGUGGCGCAAGUUGAUCCGGAGAUACGUGUCAAUCUGAUAGAUGUUUCAGAAGUUCGACUAAAGCUGUCGUUAGAGACCGCACCAGCUCAACGACCCCAUGGAGUUCUCGGCGUAUGGAGUCCCAUACUAUCAGCAGUCGGGAAUGCAUUUAAACUUAAUAUCCACCUGAGAAAAGUAAUUCACAAAGACAGAUAUAUGAGAAAAAGCUCAGUUGUUCCCGCCAUCAGUAACCGCAUCUGGAGAGAUCUUAUCCAUAAUCCUUUGCAUUUAAUUUUUUCUGUGGAUGUGUUGGGUAUGACGAGCUCCACGCUGGCUUCUUUAAGUAAAGGAUUCGCUGAACUGUCGACAGAUGGACAGUUUAUGCAACUACGCUCAAAACAGGUAUGGUCAAGAAGGAUAACGGGGGUAGGCGAUGGAUUUUUACAAGGGACAGAAGCUCUUGCACAAGGUGUUGCUUUUGGGGUGUCGGGUGUAGUGAGGAAACCUGUUGAAAGUGCCAGACAGAAUGGGCUUCUUGGGCUUGCUCAUGGGCUUGGGCGGGCCUGUCUGGGCUUUGUGGUACAACCAGUUAGCGGUGCACUGGAUUUCUUCUCGUUGACCGUUGAUGGAAUCGGUGCAAGUUUUUCCAGAUGCUUAGAGGUCAUAAACAACAAGACUAUCAUACAAAGGAUUAGAAAUCCACGCGCCAUUCGUGCAGAUAAUGUUCUUAGAGAGUAUUCCGAAACAGAGGCUGUUGGCCAGAUGAUAUUGUACCUUGCGGAAGCUAGUCGUCGGUUUGGAUGCACCGAUAUAUUCAAGGAGCCAUCAAAGUUUGCAUGGUCUGAUCUUUAUGAAGACCAUUUCAUCGUCCCGUAUCACAGGAUUGUAUUGGUAACUAGCAAACGCGUCAUGCUGCUUCAGUGUCUGGCUCCUGAAAAGAUGGAUAAAAAACCAUGUAAAAUCAUGUGGGACGUACCUUGGGAAGAUCUGAUGGCACUUGAGUUAGCAAAAGCCGGUAAUCCAAAACCGUCUCAUCUGAUCCUCCAUCUCAUAAAGUUCAAAAAAGCCGAUAGCUUUGUUAGAGUCAUCAAAUGUAGCACCGAAGAAGAAUCCGAGGGAAGCGAGCCACAAGCUGUUAGGAUAUGUGCGGCAGUGCGUAAAAUGUGGAGAGCCUAUCAGUCUAGCUUGAAAAGCCUAAUACUCAAGGUCCCUUCUAGUCAGAAGCAAGUGUCUUUUGCUUGGAACGAGGCUGAUUGGAGAAGCUCACGUAGCCAAAACAAAUCCAUCAUAAAGUCGAGAGAUUUCUUGUCCCCUAAGUUUACUUCCGAUAAGGGAAGUUUCGUUAAACAUGCUAUCAACUUUACAAAUGUGUGGACCAGUGAACAAGAAUCGAAAGGGCGUCACACGUUAUCCAAGAAAAACGUUGUUGAAGACGGCAUGAUCUGCAGUAUCUGGCGCCCAAUCUGCCCAGACGGUUAUAUAUCAGUUGGUGAUAUAGCUCGUAUCGGAACCCACCCUCCAAAUGUUGCCGCAGUGUAUCAGAACACAGAUAGACUCUUCGCACUUCCAGUCGGCUAUGAUUUGGUUUGGAGAAACUGUGCUGAGGAUUACGCAAGUCCGGUAUCAAUUUGGAGACCACGCGCUCCCGAGGGUUAUGUUUCUGGCGGUUGUGUGGCUAUGGCCGGUUUUAACGAGCCAGAACCAGAUGUGGUAUACUGCAUGGCUGAAUCAAUUGCUGAAGAGACCACAUUUGAAGAACAACAGAUUUGGUUUGCACCGGAUUCCUACCCGUGGACGUGUUGUAUUUAUCAAGUACGUAGCCCGGCUCUUCAUUUUGUAGCCUUACGCCAGCCCAAAGAAGAAGCGGCAUGGAAACCUAUGAGAGUUGUUGAUCGAUCAUCAGAAGCUUCAACAUCGUCAUCAUCAGUAGCCCAUUGAUGUCAAUUUUACUGCUGUUGUUGAAAAGGAAACCGUUAUAUGUUCUGAAGUGUGUAUAGAAACUUUCGGCCCUGUUUUUGCAUUUUCGGAUUUUUGGUUUUGGUUAUGGUUUUGGUUUUGGUUAUGGUACAGGAGCUAGGCGAGUUUUCUCCAACAAAGGCAAUAAGAUUUAGAACAAAAGGGUAAUAUAGGACACAAGGCUGCAAAUGAUGUGUAGAUGUUUGUUUUAACAUGCAAUCUGCAACAAAAUAUUUUUUCAUUUAAAUGGUCAGAAUUUAUGGAUUAAAAGCUCAA